UUGCGAUGUUAUCGUAAUCGGUGAUGGCAGAAAAACGCUGAAGGCCUGGGUUGUUAGGCUUGAUAGGGGCGAAAAUAUUUUAGUCAGAUUUGGGUACAGCUCACUCUGUGGCGAGUUAGGGUGGAAUGUGAGCCCUUGGGACGGCGUAACAGAAAGGCAUGGAAGUUGGGCGGUCCAGGUUAAUUUGAAGGCUGAUUUUGGCUGAAGGCCUGGCGACAGCAUCGGAUCCCACGUAGCAACUUUGGCCUGGCGCGAAGGAAGGAAGUCCUGACUCCUGGGAGUGUGGACAGAGGCUUUGGGCUAUAGUAUCGAUGCCUUCGGAUGAGCCCCAUUUGAGGAUGAUGGAUGUUCAGGGAAAUCCUCUGCCGUGUGGAUUCGUCUUCAUACACACAGUUCAUAUUGGGAACUAUGGCUCUCUGUCGUUAUGCCUUUAUUUAACCAUCUACAUUAUAAAAGGCAGAUCAUCGUAAAGAAUAAUUGUGGACUGGAGUAGAUUAUUUUCUGCAGGGGAAACUCGCAUUUUCUUAGAAUUUGAAGUUCUUCAUCAUAACUUGGGGUUUUAAGAAGUAGUCGCAGGCAGAGUAAAAGAUUUUUGUCUCCCUUACCGUGUCUGGAAAAUGACUUGUUAGUUAAAAUCAAAUGGCUGUGAGAUAAUGCCUGUUUAAUUCAGUCCCUCUCCCGUAUUUCCUUCUCAGUCUGUUUUGUAUUGUUUAGUGAUAAUGGUGGUUAAGUUGGAUGAACCGCUAGAUAAUAUCAGCAAAAUUAUUUAAAAUGAGCUUAUUAAUUUCAGUGACUUACCCUUUUGUGGGCUUUUAGGACCCACUUCAUUCUUUUCAUAGAUUUGAAGUUCUAGUAGAUUACUGUGUCUUUAACUUAGAGCCACUCAAAUACUUUUGUUGUAUUCUUUAGAAAAUUUUGAGUAUUUUGUGUAUUUGGCUUUUUGUGUAAUCUAAUGUUCUAAGAAUAGUAUUUCUGGGGAAUUUGCUUCAGGAAAUAGCAUAUGAGAAUCACAGGACAAGUGCUCAGUUUGGGAGUUGGUUAUCUUUUACGUGGUCUUCUGGAUGUGUUACGGUGGAGAAUCUUAAAUUAUCCUACCGUCUGAAGGACAAAAAAGUUUUAAGCAUUAGAUUUAACUGUGGAAAAUUAGAAUAAACUUUAUAUAGUCUGCUUGAACUGGAAUUCAUGAGGUACUCCUGGAACUACUUAAUUAAAAGAUAGUUUGUAAGGGAGGAUAAAUUAUUUACAGGUGAUUUUUUGUAUUUGACAUAUGAUUCUUUCUUGAAACACUUGCCCCUAGUUUUUCUUGUAGAAGAAUUUAUGUUCUUAGGGUAAAUCCUUUUUUAUAUUUUAAAAAAGCUUAGGAGGUACAAAAUGAUGUGUAAUCAGGGCUGCUUUCUAAGAUAUUUUAAAGUAAAAAAUGUAGCGAAGUCGGUUUACAUAGGAGGGAGUCUUAGAACUUUAAUGUGGACAGCUGUUUCAGAAGACAUUUAAAGAUUUUGUUGAAAUGUUGGUGCCGAUGUUGGUUUGUUGAAAAAACUAGGCUUAUACAUUUUUGGGGGUACCGUGAAGAUACUUAAAAGUAUCAUUAAUUAGGCAUUGAUAAUAAUUCCGAUGUAUAAUGUGCCAAGUAGUUUCUUUUUUGGGGUGCCAUGAAAAUAUUUUAAGUUUCAUUAAUUAGGAAUUGAUAAUAAUUCAGAUGUAGAAUGUGCCAAGUAGUUUCAUGAUAACUUUGUUCGUUUAACUUGUACUUUAAAAAAAGUUGAACCAAUUUGUGUUCCCUUUUAAAAGAAAAUAAACCUUGCAGACCUCAAAGAAUAUCUUCAGAAUCCAUUUUGUGGCACAGUGGUACAUGAGUGUAAAUAUUGAACUACAGCAAAAUUUAUUUUCACGUUGAAAACAUAAAUUCAUAAUUAUAAAUUUAGUAGGUCUUAACAGCUUAUUUGGUAAGAUUUCAGUAAAUAUUGUUAGUUUGGGUAUCCCUGAAAUUAUUAGAUGUAGGUUUCCUUAAAAAAAAAAUACUAAAUUGAGAUUUUUCAGUAGUUAUAUUAGUAAUCCCCAAAUCUUUCAAAUUAAUGUGUUUGUAUUAUAUUUUUUAGUUUUCUAUGGUGUAUUUGUGUUUCCACAAUAGAGUACAAGUUAGUUGUUUGAAAUGGAUUAAAUCUAUUGGUGUGAUAAAAUUCUAUACUUAUCAAACAUUUUCUGUAUACCUUGAGAUUAUAAUAGUAAUUGUCUUAGGAAUUUAAGACAUGGAGUGAUGAGAAUUCUGAUUUUAGAGAUAUUGUACUAUGUUCCUCAAUUAAAUUUUAGGUUAGUUUUUAAAAUGCAAAGAGGAGUCAAAAAUUUGAUUCCAUAUUUGGAAAUGUGAGCUGUUUAUGUAAAACUUAAAAUCCUAUCUAAAUGGUAGCCAGUAAUUUGGAUUUAUUGUUUUAAAAAUGGCCUGAAUUUCAAGAGUUGGCAUUUUUUGGUCCUAUGUUUUGAAAGGGAGGAAGUGGCAGAAGAGUUGUAUAUAAAUAUGACCUACAAGUUUUGUUUUUCACGGGUGGAAGUAAUGGAAGGUUUUUUGAAUUUUUUUUUAAUGACUGUAAAAUGCAUAAACAAUGCAGUGCACAGAUCAUAAGGUAAAUUCAAUGAAUUUUGAUAAAUUUAUACACCCGUGUAACAGCUACUCCAAUCAAAAUGCACAACAUUUCCAUUACUCCUUGUGCUACUUCCAAUCAAGGAGCAGCUUUUUUGUUUUGUUUUAUUUUUAGUUUUCAGCCAGCUUUUUGUUUCUUAAUAAUUUGCAAAUGUCUAUUCGGAUUUUAUAUUUUCUCUUGUACCUCCUUUUUGCUAGAUUACUACUCUCUUGGAAUGGAAGACCAUUUUGCCAUGCCCGUAAUAGUGGUUCUUAUAUUGCUUCACUUUUGAUAAGUAGUUCUGAAAAGGAUAUCCACAUCUACCAGUAGUUUAAGAUUAAUUACAGGGCCCAAGGAUUAAUUAUAUUUCAUUUUCUUUCCACAGUUAAGUUGCUUUUACAGAGUUAACAGGUCUCCAAGAAAUUUAAAAAAAGGUCAUUAUUGCUGUGGUUUGAGCUCAGCAUGGCUGUAGUCAUCCGUUUAUUGGGGCUUCCUUUUAUUGCGAGGCCUGUGAAUAUUCGUCAGUUCUUCACGGGAUUGAAUAUUCCUGAUGGAGGAGUGCAUAUAAUUGGAGGGGAUAUUGGGGAGGCUUUUAUUAUUUUUGCAACAGAUGAAGAUGCAAGACGUGCCAUAAGUCGUUCAGGAGGGUAUAUCAAGGAUUCAUCUGUAGAGCUCUUUCUUAGUAGCAAGGCAGAAAUGCAGAAGACUAUAGAAAUGAAAAGAACUGAUCGUGCAGGAAGAGAGCGACCAGGAUCUGGGGCAUCAGGGAUUGGCAGCCUAUCUAAUUUUGUUGAGAAUAUUAAGGAAGAUGCAGAUAAUUCUGGAUAUGGCUCUUCGAUUAAUCAAGAUGCUGGGUUUCAUACUAAUGGUACAGGACAUGGUGAUUUGAGGUCAAGAAAGACACGGCCGUUGAAGGCUGAGAAUCCUUACUUGUUUCUACGAGGUUUACCUUACUUAGUAAAUGAAGAUGAUGUACGUGUUUUUUUCUCUGGUUUGUGUGUGGAUGGAGUAAUUUUCUUAAAACAUCACGAUGGCCGAAAUAAUGGUGAUGCCAUAGUAAAAUUUGCUUCUUGUAUUGAUGCUUCAGGGGGUCUUAAAUGUCAUAGAAGUUUUAUGGGUUCAAGAUUUAUAGAAGUAAUGCAAGGCUCAGAGCAACAGUGGAUUAAGUUUGGUGGUGAUGCAAUUAAAGAGGAUGAUGUUUCCAUGAGAACUGAAGAACAUUCUCCACCAAGAGGAAUUAAUGAAAGACAUUUCCGAAAAUGGUCUCAUUCAAAGUCUCCCAAAAGAACACGUUCUCGUUCCCCUCUUGGAUUUUAUGUUCACUUAAAAAAUCUGUCCCUAGGUAUUAACAAAAGAGAUUUAAGAAAUUUCUUUAGAGAUACUGAUCUGACUAAUGAUCAGAUUAAGUUUUUAUAUAAAGAUGAAAGAAGAACAAGAUAUGCCUUUGUGGUUUUCAAGACUCUGAAAGACUAUAAUACUGCUCUGGGCUUACAUAAGACUAUUUUACAAUAUCGUCCAGUUCACAUUGAUCCAGUUUCUAGAAAACAAAUGCUGAAGUUCAUUGAAUAUUAUGAAAAGAAAAGACCAGGGUCAACAGAGAGAGAAAGAUCUGGACAUGUUUCACAAAAGUACUCUGAAGAAGGCUACCCUGGCCAGAAGCUAUGCAUAUAUAUAAGAAAUUUUCCAUUUGAUGUCACAAAAGUUGAAGUGCAAAAGUUCUUUGCAGACUUUUCUCUUGCUGACGAUGAUAUAUAUUUGCUUUAUGAUGACAAAGGAGUUGGUCUGGGAGAAGCAUUGGUGAAAUUUAAAUCAGAAGAACAGGCCAUGAAAGCUGAAUGUUUAAACCGACAAAGAUUCUUGGGGACAGAGGUGUUGUUAAGACUUAUAUCUGAAGUACAAAUGCGGGAGUUUGGUGUAAAUUUUUCCUUGACGUCCAGUGAGAAAAAGCAAGAUUGUUCACAGUCAUAUGACAGAGAUGACCAUUCCAAUUCAUUUGACUCAAAAGAGCCACCAGAAUACUCAGCUGGUCCUUCUGAAAACUUCAGACAUCAGCUAGAGGACUUCAGGCAACUGGAUAAUUUCAAGCAUCCCCAGGGGGAUUUCAGACAGCCUGAUAGGCGCCCUCCAGAAGACUUCAGGCACCUCCCGGAGGAUUUCAGGUGCCACCCAGAGGAUUUCAGGCACUCCCCAGAGGACUUCAGGCGCCAGUGGGAGGAGGACUUCAGGCAUCCUAGAGAGGAGGAAUGGAGGUGGCCACCUGAGGAGGAUUUCAGGCGGCUUCCCAAGGAGGACUUCAGGCGGCCCCCUGAGGAGGACUGGAGGCGACUUCCUGAGGGAGACUUCAGGCGGCCACCUGAGGAGAACUUCAGGCGGCCUCCCCAGGGGGAUUGGAGACGACCACCUGAAGAGGACUUUAGGCGGCCCCCUGAGGAGGACUUUAGGCGGCCCCCUGAGGAGGACUUCAGACACUCCCCUGAGGAGGACUUCAGGCGGUCACCCCAAGAGUAUAUUCGGCGGCCACCCCAAGAGCAUUUCCGGCGGCCACCCCAGGAGCACUUCCGGCGGCCACCCCAAGAACACUUUAGGCGACCACCACCCCAGGAUCAUUUCAGGCGACCACCUCAGGAUCAUUUCAGGCGGCCACCCCAGGAUCAUUUCAGGCGGCCACACCAGGAACAUUUCAGGCGGCCACCACAGGAGCAUUUCAGGCGCCCCCGAGAGGAAGAUUUCAGACACCCACCAGAUGAAGACUUCAGGGGCCCUCCUGAUGAAGACUUUAGACACCCUCCUGAUGAGGACUUCAGGAGCCCCUUGGAGGAAGACUUUGGAUGCCCUUCUGAUGAGGACUUUAGGCAGCUCCCUGAGGAGGACUUUGGGGGCGCUCCAGGGGAGGAGCCCAGACUUCCAGACAGUUUUAGACCUCCUGGUGAAGAGUUUAGGAGCACACCUGAUGAUUUUAGGAACCACCGUCCUUUCGUGAAUUUUGGUCGCCCAGAAGGUGGCAAGUUUGAUUUUGGAAAGCGUAAUAUGGGAGGUUUUCCUGAUGGGAGAUUUAUGCCUGAUCCAAAAUUAAAUUGUGGUUCAGGUAGAAUAACCCCUAUUAAGAUAAUGAAUCUUCCAUUUAAAGCUAAUGUUAAUGAGAUUUUAGACUUUUUCCACGGUUAUAGAAUCAUAGCAGAUUCAGUUUCAAUACAGUAUAAUGAGCAAGGAUUACCUACAGGGGAAGCCAUUGUUGCUAUGAUAAACUAUAAUGAAGCUAUGGCUGCUAUUAAAGAUCUAAAUGACAGGCCAGUUGGCCCACGCAAAGUUAAGUUAAUUUUGCUCUAGAGAGCAUUUCUAAAUUCAGAGUUACCUUCCCACAGUAUUGUUGCAGUAAAAUGCAUUUAUGUUUUUUUAAGUGUUUAUUUUUAAUUAUCUAAUGAAAAACAUUUUAAUUUUGAUCUGUGAAAAGAACUAAUGUAAAUAGAAUGUUAAUCUGGUUUCCUUUUGCUUGCAAAUUGCCAUUCACGUUUUCUAAUUUAAAGUCAUGCUUUUUUUUCUUUGACAGUGGGAGAGAGAACUAAUUCCUUGAGUUCAUUUUUCUUGAUGUCAUGGGUGAAUCUCAAGACUUGUAUAGAGUUGUUUUUGGAGGAAGACAAAUUUUAUAUUCACUUUUGUUUCCAUUCUGUACUUUACAUCUUUUACUCAAACUGUAUAAGGAAAUGGCAGUGAUGAUUGUUCAGGCUUGGCAUUUUCAUUGCUACCUGCCGGCAGAAUUAAUUCUCCAUUUGGGAUGUUACUGUGUUAAGUCUCCUAUUAAAUAUUAAUAGUUCAAAUGGACAGACUGUGAACGUGUAAUUUACUUUAUGUAAAAAGCUUAGGAUAUUCUUGAAGUUUCCAUGUUCAUAAUUUUGCAAAGUUUUAUAAAAAUAAAAAAUUGCAACUGAAUAGACCAACUGAUUUAUUUGUAUGAAAAGAAAAAACUUACAACUUGGUUGGGACUGUGACUUUUUCAACAGCUGUGGUUAAAUGAUAGGAGGGACCAAACUUAAGUGUAUAAGUGUAUUAAGUGCUAUGAAUAGUUCAAUGGUUUCUUCAACAUCUGAUAAACCAAAGUGAUAAGGUCGACUCAAAAGACAAAAAAAAAUGUAAUUACAGGUGCAAGGGGACUCUUGGCUUAUGCUGGGAAGAAUCUGACAAAUGGAUAUAGUUUGUGUUUCUAGAAAUAAUUUACUGAUGAUUCAUAGAACUUCUAUGUAUUAUUAGUUUCUCAUCUUUUAGUUUCAAAACUUUGUAUCCAAAGACAAAACUGUUAAGUAUAAUAAGGCUUGUGGGACUGAAUUUUGACUUCUUUGAUAUGCAACACUUAUGUAGUCAUUUUGCAAAUACUGGAUUUGAUUUUCUAUACCAAUUAGUAUUAAUGGCUAACAUUUAUUGGGAACUCUGUGUGUAUGCACCAUAUUCCCUAAGAAGCAUAGAGUUUACCUCUGUUUUACAGACAAGGAUUUUGAAGCAUACUUAAUCAUAGCUAGUAAAUCAUGGACGCAAUUUCAGUCUAGACAGACCACUGACUGACUUCAGUUCAUGCUCUUAACACUUUUGCUGCCUCACUUUAAGUGGUAUUUUUAAUUUUAGAAAGAGCAUUCUCAAAAUAUUUUCAUGGAUAAAUGAUAUUUUUGCCUCCAGUGUUGCUUUAAAAAUAGCAUUAAAAAAAGAUAAAACUAGGUGUCAAAGAUUAAAGAUGGUUAAUAAAAGACAAAGUGACUAAAAAAAUUCAGGAUUUCUUCUGGACACUCAUAUAUUGGCUUCUAAUUCAUAAAGUAUAAAACUGCUCAUUUUAUCAAGCAUGAGUUGCCUUUGGUUGGCUUUUUACAGUUUACAUAAAAUAUAAUUCUCUUCAAUUCUGUGAUCACAUUUUCCACAUUGAACAAAUAAGAAUAAAAUAUGAAUUUAUAUAAGGUAAUAAUGGGUUAUUGCGGAAGUAGAAAACUUUGUUAGAAGUUAGCCAGUUAGUAUCUGCAAAUGUUUUAGGUUAAUUUUCAUUGAUUCAGAGAGGCCUAAGAGAAGCCCACUAAAGUUUCUGUGUUUGUGCAUUUUCAAUGAUACUGAACAUUCUGCUUGCUAGUAUCAUGAAUCAACUGGUGAAUAUGGUUCAAAACAGCACCUCACAAUGGCUCUUCAAACUACUAAAGUUACAAAUAGCGAAGGGAAUAAUAAACUGUUUGGAAUAUUCAAGCUGUGCACAAUGAAUAAAAUAGAGGAAAUUAUUUUAAAAUA